GAGGACGAGGGAUCUUUUAUUACAGUGCUGAUUAUGGAUGAAAAGCUGAGAAAAGAUGAACUUACAAGGACAGUUAAAUUCACACCACCAUUGUACAAGCAACGCUACCAGUUCAUUAAACAAUUAGUGAACAAGCAUAAGCCCAAAAAGGUGGCAGACUUGGGAUGUGCUGACUGUAGACUGCUGUGGAUGCUGAAAUUCUGCAACUGUAUUGAAAUGCUUGUUGGAUUAGAUAUCAGCGAGGAUGUGAUGAAGGAAAAAAUGCAUAUGCUGUAUCCCCUUCCCGGUGACUUUCUUCAGCCAUCUGAAAGAUCACUGACUGUUAUCCUUCAUCAGGGUUCAGUUGCUCAGAAAGACCCCCAUAUGCUGGGCUUCGACAUGGUAACAUGUAUUGAAUUAAUAGAACACCUGGAGAUAAAAGAGUUGGAGAAGUUUCCGGAGGUGGUAUUUGGUUUUAUGUCUCCAGCCAUGAUUAUAAUUAGCACACCAAACUCAGAAUUUAAUCCUUUGCUUCCAACUGUAACGUUAUUCAGGCAUCCAGACCAUAAAUUUGAAUGGAGUCGAGCACAGUUUCAAAACUGGGCUCUUGAUGCUGCUGCUCGCUAUGACUACACAGUAGAAUUUACUGGAUUAGGAGCCCCACCACCUGGAAAAGAUGAUGUUGGAUUUUGUACACAAAUAGGUGUAUUUGUGAGAAAGUAUCUAAAGAAUGGAGAACCUGAGACAGUUGAGGAAUACAAAGAACAUGUUUAUAAAACUAUUUUCAAAGCAGUAUAUCCAAGCCUUAAAGAUGAAAAGUAUUUGCAAACUGCAGUGGUCAAUGAAGUUGUGCGGACAUCACAAACAAUUGCAAGAAGACUAUUGGACAAAAGAAAAUCCAAAUACAAGAAAGUACGUGAUGGUGUUGAAACUGACCCUCCAUUCCUGACAUCUUGUUUCCUGAAAGAUGUUGAAGAUCCUUCUUUAACCAAAGCUGACAAUCCACAUAUUGAACCAUUCAUUAAUGGACAAACUGUCUACAUGCCUCUGGCAAAAAUCUUUUCUGUUCCCAAAGUGAAGCAACUAUGUGGCACUUUUGAAACACUAAGCAAACUUAUCACUGGUAAAGUUGCACUCAGCAAUGAUGGAUCUGCACUGCUGAUUGAUACAGAGUAUGAAAAUGAAGAGCUGGAGAAUGAGCAUCUUUUUCCUUCUAGCAAACCGUGAAGAAAUCAGACAUUGAUUCUUCUAUGCUUAAACUGAAAUUAAUACUUAAAACAUGUUUUAUGGCCGCUUUACAAUGGGCUGUAAGUUAAAAUAGCCCCCCAAUUUUGUGUGAAUAAUGGAACAUCUUAUGGCAUGUUAACACUUUCUUUUUCUUCAGCCUAAAAGUUCUACAAGUUUUCAGUGUAAGUAUGUCUGGUAAUAGUGAAAAAAAUAUUUUGCUAUACAUAAUGAGGAUGAGUUGUCCUGUAGCACAAAUAAUACAACAGGCUGUGUUUCUUGGUAGCAACAUUUAAAUUGUUAAUGGUACCCUCCAGUGGUUUGCUACCACGUAGUAAAAGAAUAAUUUUGUUUAAACUAGGAACUAACCCAUAUUUCUCACACAUAAACCUCCAUCAAGACAGCGGCCUUUGUCAAGAUGAAACCAACACCAGGCAGUAAGCCCUGCUCCUUAAGUGCCCAGUCCCAAAGUUUGGUGUUGCAGGCCCUUUCCAGCAACUGAGAGGACCUACACAGCCUCUUACGAUUUUGGGGAACCAGGUUU